CGGCUGCUGAUGCUGUGGCUGCUGCUGCUUCUGCUGCUGCUGUUGCGGUCGCCGCUACCUGUUCACGUGCUGCGUUUCGAGUUUGCCGAGUUUAUAAAUGUUAAAGAAAAGACGCUGGGCGCAGCAGUUUCGCGGUAAAACUCAGACGUGCGCAAAGUCAAGCAGAAAAUCAAGCGAAUUUAGAUUAAUGUUUUUGUUACCCUCUGCAUGUGAUGUUAUAAUUUGUUAUAGUUUUUUGGUUUUACGAAUGCCUCGAUACAACGAAAUCAACGCAAAAGCCUAACGAAACAGCGCGAAUAUAAAGAAAUUUAUACAGUGAAAUCGAAAGUGAAGCACAAUUUAAAUUGAUUUAAUUUGUUGCGACGCGUUAAAUAAACUAACUGUGUCUUAAAUUAGAUAUGCCACGAUACGGAUAUGGUAUAGCAUCAACAGCCCUCUGGCUCAGUCUCCUGCUGGGGAGUUGUGUUGGCAAACAGAAUGAGUCGACGCUGCAGUUGCAGACGUUUGAUCAUGCGAUUCUUAAUGGCAGCAAUAUCUGGUCCAACAAGGACUUGGAAGUGACUGUGACAGCGAAUGCAAAUGAAGUCGAGAAUGAUGAUGAUGGAGCCAAGACAGACAGACACGAAGCACUGCUCGCACAGAGCUCCAUCAUCUACGGACUGACAGAAGUGGCCAAUGCGAGCAAUGUGAAUCCCAUUUGCCAUGCACAAUUGAAGCACGUGCAGCGCAGCAUCCUCAACAAACAGCCUUGGGCUCUAAAAGUGCUCGAUGCUUCGGGUGGCAAACCGUCGGGUUUUAUAUUUGGCCAAAACUAUUGGCUGGGCAGUCGAGAGGCCUGCAGCAGCAUGCAGCGUCCUCUGGGCAUAACGCUGUCCAAGCAAUACAAGCGUCAAAUGCAUAACGGUUUAAUUACACAGAAGUCGCCCUUCGAUAUGGAUUAUCGCGUUAUCUAUUUGCGACACAAUUCACCUUGGCAGGUGGAGCUGAAGGUGAUGUCCGAGCAAAUAAUACACAUCGGUCUCUGUUUGCCCAGCUCGUGCAAGUCGAGCGAGAUACAACAGUUGACCAGCGACUAUAUGGCGGGCAGCUUCAAGGACAGCGACAUAUUCGAAAUGCAGCCCGAGGUGCUCUACGUAAAGGACCUGAAGCUGAGAGAUGUAUUCUACGACCGGCUGAGCUUCAAGCUUGUUGUGGGCUUCGUGUUGGUCACUUGUGCCUUCAUGCUCUGUGCCCAGCAGCUGAGCGUGGCCAAACAGCUGCCAGCGGACGGGCAUGCGGAUGGCGCUGGCCUCGCACCCGUCGAAUCGGAGAUCUGGCGAGCUUUGCAUUUCCUGCUCAAGUGGCGUCCCGUGCAGAGCUUCGUCAGCUGCUACGAUGUGGCCAACAAUUGGCGGCGCAUCGUUGCCACGCGUGAGAACAGGUCCUCGGAGAUCCCACUGCUCAAUGGACUACGCUCUGUGUGCGCUGUCGGCAUAUUGAUCUUCCAUGUGAUGUGGUUUAUGUACUUCACAGUGCACAACAAAGCAACGCUCUUGGCCUAUGGCGAGCAGAUCUUCUUUCAGUACAUAUCAUCGGCUCCCUUACUGGUGGAUGUCUUCUUCACAAUCAGUGGUUUUUUGCAGACGUACAACUUUUUACGCAAUACAGAGCAAUUGCAGGCAAUACGUGAUAAUGGUUCCAUAGCCAAUGUGAAGCUCUUUAGCAAGUUACUGUUUCAUCGUUAUUUAAGACUUGUACCGCUCUAUCUGAUUGUCAUUGGCAGCGUGGAUUUGGUUUUUGCCUACAUUGGCGACACUUCAGUCUAUCACAUCAAUGAACGUUUCGAUGAGAUCUGCAGUCAGCAUUGGUGGCGCAAUUUGCUCUUCAUACAGAAUUUCUAUGAUUUCAAUGAUCUAUGCCUGAACUGGAGCUGGAGCUUGGCUUGUGAUAUGCAAUUCUUUUUAAUUGCAAAUGCCAUAUUGUUUCUAUAUGUCAAGCAUCCCAAGUCUGCGAAAUUGCUGACUCUCGCUGGCCUCGCGGUAAAUAUUGUGUGGUCCUUUGGUAUUGGCAUCAAGAGCAAUUUUGAGUUCUCCAUUGACAUAGUCUAUGGCACCAGCUCACAGAUCUAUAUAAAUCCCAUUGUGCGCGUGCUGCCCUAUAUUGUGGGCUCCAUAGUAGCAUUCUGCCUGGCUGAGCGCCGUGUGAGCUAUCAAUUGAGUGAGGGACAACAACGUUGGCUAUGGCACAUCUGCCUGCUUGUCUUUCUGAUCUGCAUCCAUUCGACAGUCAAAAGGGACUUGGGUUACAUGAUAACCAUUGCUUUGUUCGCCUUGGGUCGGAUUUGCUUCUCGUUGAGUGUUUGCUGGAUGAUUGUGGGCAGUGCAACGGGUCGGGGCGUUUGGUGGUCUCGUCUGUUGGAAGCACGUUGCUUUCAGCAUUUGAAUCGUGUAUCCUAUGCCUUCUACUUGCUCAAUCCUUUGAUAAUAUCCUUGAUCUAUGGUCUCAGUAGUUCCAGCACGCAUGCAGACCCCAUUAUGCUGUGCAUUAUUUGUUGCGGAUUUACUUUGAUUGUCUACCUGGCGUCCAUUGUUUUUUCAAUGGCAUUCGAGUUGCCAUACAGCAAUUUGUCAAGUUUGUUAUUAAGAAAACCAAAAACUACCUAAUUUUGUAAACAACUCUUUGCUCUGUUCUGUGAACAAUUGAUGCAUUUAGUAUAUUCUUAAGUAUGUAUAUAAUUCACGAAACGUACCCAGGUUUACAGAUAUUCAAGUCUACAUAUAGAAAUAUAUAAUUAUUUAGUGUUAUAUGGCUAACCAAAUAAAGUGAAACACGCGAUUUUACAGUUUUAACUAAA